AACUUCAAAUAAUUCUACUCCUAUAAGUGACGGUGGUUUUGGAUCGAAUUAUUCAAGAAUUAAUAGACCACCAAACCCACAACAUGAAGGGGGACGACGAGUAUUAAGCAAAACACGAAGUCCGGUUAACAACCAAGACAUAAUAAUUCGAAUCGCAUCCCUUCCUCGACAAAUUACAGAUGAUCCACUCAUAAAUCAAUUUUUUAAUGGAUAUCUUUUCUAA